AUGACAUUCACCCUCUUGGAAGUCGAAUCCUCAGAUGACGAGCCCCUCGUCCGAGAGUACAAAUACCCCGCCAUGCAAGACAACCCGCUCCAGUUGAUAAUGUUCCCACACUCCCAUUCUGAGACCCGAGAAAAUGAAAUUCGAUGGAUAGCAAAUAAUAUCCGAGAUACUCUGGCAUCGGAAAGAUCUAACUUCUGCAAAGUAUGCACGGAAGAUGGGAUUAUCGUGGGGUUCGCUGGUUGGACCAUUCAUAACACGGAAAGUACUUCACGUACUCGUUCUGUUGGCAACUUGAAGUAUAUGAAUACAGAUCCCAACACUCUGGAUAUGCAGGCAUGGUUAGGAAUCUCAAAGAUGCUCAGGACUUACUGUCAUGGCUUUUAA